AUGGGGUUCUGUUUUCGAAUAGCUGGCCUUUGCUUGUACUGCCUCUGGCAAUUACCCAAGGAGAAAGUAGCAAGAGAAGAGGGGAGUAAACCUUUGAUUGAGCGCAUCUCUAGACAGGUUGAUAAUAUCAAUUGGCUACUAGAAAUCCUGCUUGAUCGGCAGAUGGGAGAAGAAUUUGUGGAUUUGUGGGCAGAUCAAGGGAAACUACUUAAAUUGCAUGAGAAUGCAUCUCCAAUGAUUAGGUAUGAGCUAAGCCGGGUUUCAGCAAAUUUGUUUAUUGCAAUGGGGACGCGGAAACUGCACUGCCCAUGGGAAGCAAGAUCAGCGCUUUUUCAAGCGUGGUUUGGCCCUAUGCUAUCAGACUUUGGUUGGCUGCAGAGAUGCAAAAAAGGGCUCGAAAUGAAGACCUUAGAGGAAGCAAUGGGUCAGACACUGCUUACACUUCCAGUAAAGCAGCAGUACGUGUUGUUUAUGGAAUGGUUCCGGUGUUUCUCCAAGCACGGUACUGAAUGCCCCAACCUCAGCAAAUCCUUCCAGAUUUGGUGGCGAAGAUCAUUUCUACGAGGCUCAGAAACCAACACUGUUGAAUCAAGGUAAUCUGUAGUGUUGAUCAUAAUUGUAUUUUUCUGUAACGUCCCACUGGCAUAUAGCUUAAAGAGAUUCUAAAACAUCUGGUUGAGUCGUCAAUAAUGUAGAUCAACUAUGUAGAAUUGUUAUAAGAGGUAUUAAAGCAUAAAAAUGGCUUUGAUUUUCGGGUGA